AUGAUUGGCACCGAUGAGGAUGAAUUCUUGCGCAUACUUUGCAGCCAUAGUUUCAUACAACUCAAGGAUAUAUUCAAACAUUACGACAGACUGACCGGACAUUCAAUGGAAACAGCCAUCGCUAAAGAGUUUAGUGGAGAUCUCUUCGCUAUUUUCAAUGCAAUCGAGCUUUCAUCGCACGUGGAGUUGUCGAGUGACUUAACGAUUAAAAGCUUUUUAAUCAAAAUAUGGAGAGCACUCCGACAAUCCGUCCGUCCGGGAGCUUUAAUCCCGAAAGAGUGGCCGCAAAGACGCAAAAGGCUAUCAAAGGGAUUGUUGACAUCACACACCAAUUCCCAGAGACAAGACAUUAAGUCGACGUAUAAGACAAUGUAUGGAAGAGAUCUUGAGGAAGACCUUAAGAAAGAUUUGGGCGGAAGUUUUGAA